UUUAAAUUUAAAUGUUUAUUCCUUUCUACCCGAUUUGUAGCCAGCUUAGGCGAAACGUCAUCAUCAGGCGACAGCAGCGCUUCUACCUGGUGCCCUACUAGCUAGCUACACACAAACUAACCUCUUCUUCAGACACAGCCGGUUUUGAGCCCCAAUGACGGCGUCCACCCGCAGUGCAGUGUUGUCGCUGUACAUGCGCGUGUUUCGCGUCGCCCGGACCUGGCAGGCGCAGAGCGGUGUUAGAGGUGACACGCAGACCGAGAGAAACUACAUACUUCAGGAGGCCCGCACUCUGUUCAGACAGAACCAGCAGCUCACAGAUCAAGAGUCAAUAAAGAGGUGUAUAGAAGAAUGUGAAGCAAGGAUAGAAAUAGGUCUACAUUACAGGAACCCAUAUCCAAGGGCUACCUACCUCCCUCCGCUGGGACUCGCGACUCAGAAGGGCAGGAAGCUGCGAGCCCAGCAGCGCCUCAGGAAGCAGGCCAAGCCAAUUUACUUACAGUCACAUGACGAGACCUGAUGCUGGAUAUCGUUGAGCCCCGCCAGGAGUUCAAGUUACCAAGGACACAAAACUAGAGUGCAGUCGCAGGCUGAUCUUGUGGGCUGAGCGGUCGCGAGCGCUCUUCGCUCCGGAGAAAGCCACUUUUCGUUUUUUUCAUCACGUCAACAUGAGUCGUAACUGUAGAAACAGUGCGUCUGAAACUAAGCUCUGGAGUUGUAUAUAUUUAUUAUCACGUCUAAAAACUGCAUAUUGUUUAUAUUAGUGUCAUGAUGUGAGGUGAAGAAUGAACUCUUCAGCGCGUGGUUUAAUUCUUCAAUAAACCAGUUAUGGGUUA